GGUGAGGUUUGGAACCGUCAACCCGGUUGUGCACUUAUCACCAUGGUUGAGACCCGUAGUGGGAAGAGCACUAGCCCCUACACCCAGGAGCAACAAGAGAAGAUGGCCGCCUUAGUGAGAGAGAAUAAAGAGAGAGAAGAUCUCCUGAAGCAGGCGAAAUUGAAAGCAAUCGCAGAGGAGCAGGCGGCGAAAAUGAAGAAGUUGGAGGAGGAGAUGGAGGAGAAGAAAAAGGUUGCCGAGGAAGAAGCAGCAGCAGAAGCAGAAGAGGAAAGAAAACACAGGGAAGUAAAAGGAGAGAGUAGUGGCACGGCAAAUGAGGAUGCAGCGAUGGAGAAGAAGAUUAGUGAGUGGAUUGCUAACUUAUCGUUGGGAGAAGAUGAGGAGGCACAGUUUUAUGUGCCACAGGAUGAGAGGGAUGCGCUAGCCAGCGCGCUAGCAACAAUCGAGGACCCCCUGGAACGGCAAGAAGCAGAGGAGGAGAAAAAGUUGGAGUGGAAAUUGAGGAUGAAGAGGGAAAAGAAGAGGAGGAGGGAGGAAGUUAAUAGGUUAACCGCGGAGGUGGCAAAGGUGAGAGACUGUAGACAAGAGGUGCAGGCGCAGGAAGACAUUUCUGCCAAAAUGGAUAAGAUGCUGGGGUACUUGGAAGUGUUGAGUGCGGCCUGGAUGGAGGAGCGCCAAGCUAACUCGGGUCACGAUGUGGCCCUGAGGGCCAUGCGGUCAGGAUUUCGAGACUUCGCGCGCGAUAUGGUCACCCACGUUGGAGGAGAAGUCAAACGAUUGAGAGACAAUGCGGGGAAGUUCUGUGAGGGCGCUAUCGAGGGUGCCAAAGCAGUAGCCGCCGUUGAGAGUGAGGCCAGGCCCCGUAAAGAGCCCGUCAAGCUUAAGUUCCCAGACGCAUAUGGCGGGAAGGAGGAGAAUUUCGAUAACUGGGAGGCGAGUGUAAAUAGUUACGUGUACUUACAGCACAUCCUGACUGAGGAGCAAGUCCUCGUCGCCUUCCAGGCCCUCAAAGACGAAGCGGUCAGCUUUGCCAGGUCCCUUGCAUAGCCCCUCCGUGGGCAUUUCUUUGAUAAAUCUCAACAAGCCGACAUCACAUAUGAUGUGCUGAGUACAGAGGUGGUCCUCUUCGAGUCAAAGUCCAUGCCAGCGUCCACGUUCUGGCAUAAGGACCUGGAUAAGGGGAAGAAGUGGAAAGGGUGUACCAUCUCUGGCCAAGUCAGGGCCAAGGAUCAUAUGAUCCUUACUUUAGAAGAAGGUGGUACAAACGAGGUCCCAUAUAGUCAAAUCGAGUGGGGCCUCGAGGAUGAGGACAGUAGCAUGGGACAGGGGAGGUCCUAUGUUGUUGUCGCGGCUGGAGGGAGGCCGCAAGGUAGAGGAGGAGGCCAGGGCCAAAGGGGCCAGGCCACGGGAGGUCGAGGACCGGGCGGACAGGGGGUUGGCGGACAAGGGAACCGCCAAGUGGGAGGUAGGGGUCAAGGUCCCCCGCCAAAUCAUCAGGGUUCUUGUCGGUCCCCGCAACGACGAGGUGGAAGGCCACCUCAAGGGGGAUGGCACCCAGGCUUGCCACAGGGCAGGCCGUGGGAAGAUUUGGGCUUAGACCGGCGCGUAUGGCAGGAACGCGUGGACUUGGGUCAGUGCGUGUUUUGUGGUGACCCGGCCCAUGUCUUCGUAGCGUAUGUCAGACCUGUCACUGAGCCUAAGGAAGGGGAUAGUUCCACAGAUCCAACCAUUGCCAAGCUGUUGGAAGAGAUUAAAGAUCUAACUGAGUCGUCGACAGGAGUAGUGUCGCGACCCAUCCAGCACAGGAUAGAGAUAGAGCAUGGCAGUAGAACUCCUAAGGGAGCAGUCUACAGGAUGUCCCCUAGAGAGUUAGAGGAGUUACGUAAGCAAUUGGACGAGCUCCUGGAGAAAAGUUGGAUCAGGCCCAGUUCGUCUCCUUUUGGAGCACCUAUCCUGUUCGUCCCCAAGAAGGAAGGAGAGUUACGUAUGUGCAUAGACUAUAGGGGUUUGAAUGCCAUCACAGUGAAGAAUGUUGAGCCGCUGCCCAGGAUAGACGAUCUCUUAGAUCGGGUGCAGGGUUGCAGAUAUUUUUCGAACGGCUAUCAUCAGAUAGCGGUCCACCCUGAUGACCAGUAUAAGACUGCGUUCCGGACUAGAUAUGGGCACUGUGAGUUUAUAGUGAUGCCCUUUGGACUGACCAACGCGCCAGCUACCUUUCAACGAUGUAUGAACGAUCUGUUUAGGCCGUGGUUAGACAAGUUUGUAGAAGUCUAUUUAGAUGAUAUAUUAGUCUUCCGUAGGACCCUCCAAGAGCAUCACGGUCAUUUGAGACAAGUCUUGGAGAAGCUGAGAGAAGCUAACUUCAAGAUUAAUGCGAAGAAGUGCGAGUGGGUCAAGACACAAGUCCUGUACUUGGGCCACGUGUUCGACGGAGAUGGAAUUAAGCCAGAGGACAGCAAGAUAGCGGCAAUUAGAGACUGGCCGACGCCCCGCACAUUGUCAGAGUUGCGGCCAUUCUUAGGCUUAGCUAACUACUAUAGAAAGUUUGUAAGGAUCUUUUCUACCAUCGCCGCUCCCUUGCGCAGGUUGCUUAAGAAAGAGGCAAUCUGGCAAUGGGACAAAGAUUGUACGUCUGCGCUAAAGAGACUGAAGCGCGCGUUAAUCGAGUACCCUGUCCUCAAAGUAGUUGAUCCGUCUUUGCCAUUUGUCGUCACCACGGACGCGAGUCAGUAUGGUAUAGGCGCCGUGUUGCAACAAGACGACGACAAUGGCUAUAGACCCGUACAGUUCAUGUCAGCGAGGAUGCCUUUAGAGAAAGUAGCCACCUUGACGUAUGAGAGAGAACUCUACGCUCUCAGGCAGGCCUUAGAACACUGGAAACAUUACCUGCUUGGGAGGCACUUCAAAGUGUAUUCCAACCAUGAAACUCUUAGAUGGUUAAAGACCCAGGCCAAAAUGACACCCAAGUUGACUAGGUGGGCCGCUGAGAUAGACCAGUAUGACUUUGAGCUCAAACCGGUCAAAGGCAAGUACAAUGUAGUUGCGGAUGCUCUAAGUAGGAGAUCAGACUACUUUGGAGCUAUAAUACACUAUCUGGAUAUAGGGAAGGACUUGCAAGAGAAAGUUAGACAGGCGUAUGCGCAGGACCCUAUCUAUAGUGACCUCCUCAAGAGAGUUAAGGAGGCCAAGAGACCGAACCAGACUACCGCACUACUGAGGGACUAUUGUUUGAGAAGACUAAUGUAGUAGACCGCUUGUGCAUUCCCAACAGUGAAGAGAUCCGUAGUCUGAUCCUAGGGGAAUGCCAUGACACAG